CACGCAUUACACUAGCAGCAGAUACGCUGUCAUUCACCUCACGCGAUCAGUGCAAUAUCGUCCAGGGUCUGCAUUUGGGGCAAGGCUCCCAUAGCAUCCUCAAGCUGACGACAUCAAUUUUGCGGAGCUGCGCCGGACUUUUGCUUUGCAAAUCCAGAUGUCUGGAGCAGUAGCACUGUACUACAAUAUUAGCCACUGCUCAGCUAGGAUGAGCUCUCCUAACUCACGAGCUAAUAUAUCGGCCCUCCAAACAAGACUUCUUCUCUACUAAACAGCAUAUCUCGAGUCCAGGGGACCUUCCUCCUCACUGCAAUACUUACCAUCACUAUCUCUGUUCUACCGGCACCGUUUGAGCAUAAGUACAGUGCUUUGCAUUGUCAGAAGCCGCUCAAUUUGUGGCAAACACAUCGCCUCAUACUCACCAUGAACUCUGCUCAGCCGCGCGGUGUCCAUCUCGUUGGCAGCAUCAAUCUCCCUACAACCGAAAAUGUUUUCGAACAAAUCCCAGCUCUCCUGCCUAGCCGCCUCCACCGAAUCCCGGAUGGGGAAACGGGAAAUAGACAUUAUUUUAUCCGUUGGCAAAGGCAAUUAUUUUCUUCUGCACCACAGGUUCUCGCCAAGUAUGACGGUUCUGGGGAAGUCACCGGCGCCCAAUCAGCUUUGACAGAUCAGCAAGUUUCGACUGCACUAGAAAAACUACCAGAGCUUCAUACUCAAUUCGAUGAUUUUGCUCUCGAAUCUUAUGCUUUGUUCAAGAAAAAUAUGGCAGACGGCCAUAUUGCAUCGCAAACACGCUUCCAAGUUUCGCUACCGGGCUUAGUCAACGUAAUGGCGCUAAUUGCCGCCCCUUUCCAGCUCCGUCUCGAGCCUCUAUACGAAGAUGCGCUCGCACGCUCCCUCAAGAGGAUUCAAGAUUCCAUCACACACUCCGAACUAGCCAUCCAGAUUGAUGUCGCAAUUGAGAUUGCGCUCAUAGAAGGCGCAGGACCAUGGCCGGCCUAUUUCGACCCUAUCUUCUCGGGAGUUAUUGAACGACUGUCUCGCUUCGCCAACCGAGUUGCCAAUGAUGUUGAACUUGGAUUCCACCUAUGUUAUGGUGACACUGGUCAUCGUCAUUUUGUAGAGCCAAAAGAUACGAGACUACUAGUUGAGCUUGCUAAUGCUCUAAACAAAUCCGUUCAAAGACCAAUUCAAUGGAUUCAUAUGCCUGUUCCGAAGGGUAGGAAGGACCUAGCGUACUUCACUCCGUUGAAAGAGCUUAACUGGAAGAUCCCGGAGCUGUAUCUUGGCGUUGUACAUCCGCAUGACGAAGAGGGUACUAGGGAGAGAAUUGUUACGGCGCAACAAGUGGUUCAAGAAUUUGGAGUGUCGAGCGAAUGUGGAUUGGGCAGGACGCCUCCCGAGGAGUUUGGAACAAUCAUGGGGAUUUUGAAGAAUGUUAGUGCUCCGGUAUCAUAAUUGGCGGAUAGGAUAGGUUAACGGUAGAAUCG